UCCUCCAAGGAUCUUUAUUAGGCUUGGCAGAGAGAAGAAUGGUAAAGUUGGCAAAAGUGUUCCUCGCGCAGUGCUGGGGAAUAAAAGGGCACUAAUGUCUGAAUAAGUGAUGAUAAGUGACUUUAUUUCAGUUUAGAAAAUUACGUAACACUGAAAAGGAAGGUGUGUGAAUAAGAAGAAGGGAGGAACGAGAGGAGGAGGACCUAAGAAGCGAUACAAAGCGUUACAGGUCAAAAGAAGAAGGCAGUUGGUACUCCUGAGAGUCGCCUGUUGGCAACGCUGACUGCCCAGGUGACAGUUCCGACACCGCCUCCUUCCAAGCGGCGGUUUGUUGACAGGCCGCUCCAGGACAGCUUCCAGAGUGUCUGCGCCUCCAGAGAGCCCUGCCACAGCCCAGGACACACCAAGAGGGCGGGGUCAGCCUAGUGGGUGAAGAUGGUGGGCAGUGCACGCAGCGAGGAGUGUGUGUGCGAAGUGACCCUAGGCCAGGGGGCGCGGAGCAUCCACGUCCGCGUGCCCGUCACGGUGCCCAGCCACACGUGCCCCGCGGAGCUGGCCCACCGCCUCGUGCUGCACCACAACAUCCCUGUCUACCUGCACACUGAGCUGAGUGAGAAGCUUCAAGUGUUCCUGCAGGACCGCACUGAGGAGUACUACCGCCAGCAGGACCAGAGAGCGCUCCAGGGACUAAAGGAAGGCCGCACUUCUGUCACUGAUGCUGCUUCUGCUUGGGCUGCAAAGUAUUCUCAGCUUAGCAAGAAACAGGAAGCUGAAUUUUGUGAGAAUGAGUUACUGGCAGCCAUGUACCACUCGCUGGUCCACUCCCCAACUGUGGGCACCAUGCUGGGCCUGGAACACUCCUUUGCAUGGGCCAUGAGCUCUGUGGUAGCUCAGCGGGAAGAAGCUCUGCGAGAGAUCAGUGAAAGACAGACACAGGAGAUGAGCAGCACCGUGAGCAAGGUCGGGCUGCAGCUGACGGAUGAUGAUGUCAACAACUUGGCUGCACGGCACUUGGAAGACUCACAGUUGCUUGAGGUUCAGUGGGACUCCUCCAUCUCUGUGCUACGGGAGGACCAGAAGAGGGAUUUCAAGUCAUUUGUGGAAGAGUCCUUUGCUGGGCGGGAAGCCUCCACGCCCGUCACACCCAAAGACUUUAUCAAGGGCGAGUCGGAGACAGUGCUGGUGGAGGCUACGGAGCCCAGCCAAGAGGAGAGCUUCACUAUCCACCUUGGCGCACAGAUGAAGCAGAUGCACAACUUGCGUCUCCUCUCUGCCGAUGCCCUCCAACUGUGUAAAUACUCAACUCAUAAUGUAAGUGACAUCCCACCUCAGAGAAUCCAGACAUCAAUGAGCCUGUACUCUCACAACCUUAAUGGACUCGUGCUGCUUGUUGACGAUCGCAUCAACACCUACACAGGCAUCAAGAGAGACUUUGGGCGAGUGUGUAGGAAGUCCACCGAGCUGCAUUUCGUUGACCUUGAGGACCAACUGGAGGCAAUACGCAACACGGUGCCACAAGUGGUGCAGUGGCGGCGCGACCACCCGCCACCCCAGUACGACUGUGAUGACGAUGCCCCUCCUCCGCCACCAGUUCCACAACACCUCAAGGCCGGGGACUUCUACAUCACCCGCCACUCCAACCUGGCAGAUGUCCAUGUGAUGUUCCACAUGGUGGUGGAUGAUACCCUACACACCACUGACAUUAAUUCCCGACACCCAGUCAUCCUUGGCCUCAGGAAUGUUCUUAAGGUGGCGUGUUUGGGGGACAUCACCACCCUCACCAUUCCUCUACUCCUGACCAACACUAUGUCGGAGGAAAUGACCAUGUCGUGGUGUCAGAAACGUGCUGAGCUGGUGUACAAGUGCAUCAAGGGUUUCAUGAUGGAGAUGUCUUCAUGGGGCGGUGCUGAGAUGAAGAACAUGCAGUUCCUCGUGCCCAAGGGCAUUUCUGAAGAGCUUUUCCAGCACUUGGCCUCCAUGCUGCCCAACAUCUUCAGAGUCUCCAACCCUCUGGUCGUCAAGUCCUCUUAGCACCAGGGUGGAGGAAAAUUAAGAGUGUAAAUGUAAUGCAACUGAGAUUUGUCAUGUAUGAUAGUGAUAUCUUUUGAAUUGCAUACCUGCCUCUGGUGGUGUAUAAGAAGGUAGGAGGUUUCUGGUUCAGGAAGAGGAGGCAGGCAGUCCAAGAGCCAUAGGAAAAUAAAAAGUCCCCAAACAUGCUUCUCGUGGUAAGAGGACAAAAGGAGUUGCUUUGUGGUAAAGAUUGUGAUACUUGGGUAUGUAUUUGAUCCUCUAUUUACUAUUUUUUUAUCUAUUUAUUAUUAUUAUUUUUUUUUCAAGUUAAAAUAGUGUUUGUUACUGUGAUAUUAACCACGGCAUAUGACCUCAGACUAAGCUGAUUGGGAAACUUGGUAGUAUGCCAGAUUUUGUGAAGUUAUGAAUAGGAGUAGUAUACCAGAUUUUGUGAAGUUAUGAAUAGGAGUAGUAUGCCAGAUUUUGUGAAGUUAUGAAUAGGAGUAGUAUGCCAGAUUUUGUGAAGUUAUAAAGAGGAGUAGUAUGCCAGGUUUUGUGAAGUUAUGAAUAGUAGUUGUAUGCCAGAUUUUGUGAAGUUAUGAAUAGUAGUUGUAUGCCAGAUUUUGUGAAGUUAUGAAUAGUAGUAGUAUGCCAGAUUUUGUGAAGUUGUUAAUAGGAGUAGUAUGCCAGAUUUUGUGAAGUUGUUAAUAGGAGUAGUAUGCCAGGUUUUGUGAAGUUAUGAAUAGGAGUAGUAUGCCAGGUUUUGUGAAGUUAUGAAUAGGAGUAGUAUGCCAGAUUUUGUGAAGUUAUGAAUAGGAAUAGUAUGCCAGAUUUUGUGAAGUUAUAAAGAGGAGUAGUUUGCCAGGUUUUGUGAAGUUGUUAAUAGGAGUAGUAUGCCAGGUUUUGUGAAGUUAUGAAUAGUAGUAGUUUGCCAGGUUUUGUGAAGUUAUUAAUAGGAAUAGUAUGCCAGGUUUUGUGAAGUUGUUAAUAGGAGUAGUAUGCCAGGUUUUGUGAAGUUAUGAAUAGGAAUAGUAUGCCAGGUUUUGUGAAGUUAUGAAUAGGAAUAGUAUGCCAGGUUUUGUGAAGUUGUUAAUAGGAGUAGUAUGCCAGGUUUUGUGAAGUUAUGAAUAGGAGUAGUAUGCCAGGUUUUGUGAAGUUAUGAAUAGUAGUAGUAUGCCAGGUUUUGUGAAGUUGUUAAUAGGAGUAGUAUGACAGGUUUUGUGAAGUUAUUAAUAGGAAUAGUAUGCCAGGUUUUGUGAAGUUGUUAAUAGGAGUAGUAUGCCAGGUUUUGUGAAGUUAUGAAUAGGAAUAAUAUGCCAAGUUUUGUGAAGUUAUGAAUAGGAGUAGUAUGCCAGGUUUUGUGAAGUUAUGAAUAGGAAUAGAUUAUAAGUAAUGAGCUAAAGAUGUAGAAAUGUUCAAGUGCUCAUGAUGAUAAAGUGAUGGGAUAGGGCAAGGCCAUAUUUUUUAUUCAUCUCUGUAUAGGAAGUGAUUAAGUAACAUUACUGAAAGUUAAAUGUGUAUGACUGUAUAAAUGCUCAUCAUAGUAACCUAGUGAAAGAAGAUAAAUAUUUUGUAACUUAUGUAUAUAGGAAUAGAUUAAGUAAGAUGUCUCAAA